AUGGCGUUUGCAGGUGCAUCUCUUCUAGAAGAUCGUGGCUUUGUCUUGGAAGCAGUGCAACUCCAUGGUGUGGCGCUGGAACACGCGCCUCGUUUCCAUGGAGACGAGGAAGUUGCUCUGCAUGGGAUCGCUUCUUGUGCUGAAGCUAUGCGAUUCGCGGAUGGCUUGCGAGACAAGCGAAGCUUUGCAUUGCAAGCAGUCAAGACAGCAGGUCGAAGCCUCCGAUACGUUUCAGCUGAGCUUCGUGGAGACAAGGAGCUUGUUCUGGCCGCUCUUGCGAAUUCUGGCGUGGCACUGGAGUUCGUCUCUGAGGAGCUCAAGCAAGACGAGGAGGUCGUUUGGUGCGCCGUUUCUCAGGACAUCUCUGCUCUGCAACAUGCACCAGCCUUCCGGGCCAAUGCGAAGUUCUUGCUGCGCUGUGUCGCAUGUCGGUCAUGCGACGUGCUGGAAUACGCCGACAGAGGCCUAACAGCGGACAAGGAGUUUGCCUUCAGCGUUGUCGCCCAAGACGUGCACUCUCUUCGCUUUUUGGCAUCUGAGCUGCAGUGCUGCAGGGAUCUGAUCCUACACGCCACGGCGCUCGAUGAGACGGCUUCACUCCCCUAUGCUGGACAGCUUGCUGAGCCUUUAGAGAGCUUCUUGUCUGAAGCCCGACGGCUUGGCAGCGCCGGAGCAAUGGUGCGGCGCCACCCAAACAGCAGGAACAUCGUCCUGCGUGGAGUCGCCUGGCACCCGCUCUCGCUGUGGUUCGCUUCGGCCAACCUCAAGACCGAUCCUGAAUUUCAGGAGCAAGCGGCAUGGUUGAGCAACCAUGCUCCGGUUGCAAGUGUGGCGGCUGCACCUUCCGGCGUGAUGGAGCUUUUUCCGAAGGCGUCCGCUUUGGCGACAAUGAGGCGAAGCUAUCCGGUGGACCUCGUGCACGCUGGUGCGUCAGAAUGGGGGGCAUCUGGCAAAGGCCACAAACAGGCAUCUUCAGGAUGUCUGGUGGAGGCUGUGCGAAAGUCUGAGGAGAAUUGCAAGGCCACGGUGACAUUCCGUGAUCAACAGACCGCAGAGCUCCAGGACGUGGCAGUUCCUGCUGGCAACUGGCGAGCGGACGAGCUUCAGGCUGGAAGCCUGCGCUUGACCCCCACGCAACAGCGUCUUGUGGGGGCAAUCAUGCAAGACCAUGCAGCUGGUAUGGAUAUCUGCCUCGUCGGAGAGAAGGGCGUUGGCAAGAGUGCACUGGUGCGAGCAUUUUCAGCCCAGCUGGGAUUGCGACAGCGGGUGAUAUUCUGCUUCAAGGACCUGCUCGCUCGAGACUUGCUGCAGCGGCGCACUACGGACCAAGCUGGGCAGACACAGUGGCAAGACUCUGCACUUGUGCAGGCGGCCAUUGGCGGGGACAUAGCAGUGUUGGAUGGCCUGCAUCGCUUGGCACAUGGCCACGUGGCUAUCCUCGGCCCGCUUCUGACUGACCGAGAAGCAGUACUGCCGGAUGGCUCCCGCCUGGUAUCACCGGAGAGGUGGAGAAAGCUUAUUGCUGUGAAGGGCCUGAGCCAGGACUGCAGGGAGUUUGAAGAGGUGCACGUGCGCUUUAGAGCUGUGCAUCCCUCUUUCCGCUGCGUGGCCACUGCAGAAACUCAAGCAUCACAGCGGGAAGGACGGCAGAAUCUUUGGCUUGAUGACGAGGUGGCCACACUCUUCCAGUUCCAUUCUGUGGCUCCGUUGCCUGCUCAGGAACAAGUGCAGCUGGCGACCCGGUCGAGGGUGUCCAAGAACGAGCAGGUUUUCCAAGGUCUCAUUAUGUUCGGUGAGAAGAUGCGAAGCGCUUCGCUCGAAGAUCCCGGGCUGGAGCCUUUGAGGAUGACGCUGCGGAUCUUGCUGCGCAUUUCUGUGCACCUUGACAAGCGGCCUGGCGAUGUGGUGGGCGCCAUGAGCCGCGUCUUCUCAGCAUGCUUGGACUUCUUACCGCCGUCCUCCCAGGAGGCUGUGCACCGCAUACUGCAAGCCACGCUGAAGGCAUCAGGUGCGCCGAUCACGCACUGGGUGCCACAUGCGUUGGCAGACGACGAUUCGAGAAGGCGUCGACAGGAGCUGCGGGAGCUUGAAAAUAUUGCCAUUCAGGCGAGGAUGUUUGGAGGCGGUGGCCAAGAAGUGGACGAAGCCAGGGAGAAGGCAGAGUCUGACAGGGAGCAGCAACGUCGUGCAAGACUCGAGAGCCUGCGAAAGCAAGGUGAAGACAGCCUCUUGAGGAAGCCAGUUGAAGCUGCCCGAGUGGCAAACGGCAUCCUGAAGAUUGGAGAUGUUUCAUGUCCCAUGCGGGUGCCAGCCAGGCCAGAGUUGGUCCCCGAUGUGGCCUUCGUUGACAUUCCACAGCAUGUCGACAUCCUGAAGGGCAUGCUACUUGAUUGGUCGCUUGGUCAUCACUUGCUCCUUGUCGGGAACCAGGGUGUGGGCAAGAACAAGCUCACGGACCGACUGCUCGGGCUUUUGCAAUGUGAACGAGAAUACAUCCAACUCCAUCGAGACACAACGGUGCAAAGCCUAACGCUUGCACCAAGUCUACGCUCUGGAGUUGUGGUCUGGGAAGAUUCGCCACUGCUGCGAGCGGUGAAGGCCGGACGGUGCCUAGUUGUCGAUGAGGCAGACAAAGCUCCCCUGGAAGUCGUCUGCGUGCUGAAGGCUUUGUCCGAGGAUGGCGAAUUAAGCCUCCCCGAUGGGCGCACGGUUGUACGAGAAAACGAUGCUCGAUUCGCGGAGGCAUCUGAUGAAGUCGUGAAGAUGUCGAGCAACUUCAGGCUUUUCGUGCUGGCAAAUCGCCCAGGUUACCCUUUCAUGGGGAACGAUUUCUUUAAGGUUUGUGGUGAUGUCUUCAGCUGCCAUGUUGUGGACAACCCGGACAUUGCCAGUGAAGUGGAGCUGCUGAGGAGUGUCGGCCCUGAUGUUCCUAAAAAUCGAAUCAUUCAGCUGUCCUUGCUUUUCGCAGAGCUGCGGGAGCUCGUGGCAUCAGGCCAGCUGGCCUAUCCGUACUCAACGCGGGAGCUCGUCAAACUCGUAAGCCACGCGCAGCGCUUUCCUCGAGAUUCCCUGGAGGAAGUCGCUGCUGGUGUGUUUGCCUUUGAUAUCGCCGAUACCAAAAAGCGCAAGCCUUUGCUGCAAGUGCUGCAAAGGCAUGGUAUUGCAACCACGGAAGUGGGAGUACGUCUUCUUGAAGGACGCCGGCAUCAAAGCAACAUGACUCUGCGACUGGAUGAGAAAAGGGACAAGUCGAAAGAUGUUACAAACCAGGACAACCCAGAUGGAGAGCGGCCACCGGACAUGGCAGAAGGCGGGCCAAAGCAUGGCGAGUGGGACGGCCAACAACAUAUUGGUGGCAACCGAUUUGCCGGUGGAAGCGGCGGGACAGGCACUGCAGGACUUGGAGGUCGCUGGGGGCCUUACCGACUGGAUGUGGGUCAAAAGCUGGUCCAGGUCUCCGAGGACAAGAAGCAAGGCUUGGAUGAGGCCACGAAGCGGAAAGCUCAGCAAAUGGCGGACGAAGCCUACCAGAAGAGGCUUGCCGAGAUGAAGAUGUCCCUGAAAGAAGGAGAGGCCUAUGCGGCCCUGCGGGAACAGGUUGCCACCCAAAUUCAAGAAAUGAAGGUCUGCCUAGAAAGCCAGGCAGCUCGACAGCACGAGCGACAAUGGCUGAAGAAUCAGACGAUGGGGGAGUUGGAUGAGAGCCGCUUGGUGGAUGGCAUUACUGGGUGCAAAACGGUCUACAUGAGACGUGGGGAUCCUGAGGGACAGUUGUUUGGCAAAAGCCAGCAACAUCCAAAGCGCCUCACCUUUGUCAUGGAUAUCAGCGGCAGCAUGUAUACAUUCAAUCGGAUUGACCGACGGCUGCAGCGAUUGCAAGAAGUUGCAGCCUUUAUCUUCGAGAGCUUCACAGGCUUUGAGGACAAGUACGACUACCGCAUGGUCGGGCACAGCGGCACAGGCCCCGAGGCCGAGCGACUCGUUGAAUGGGGCAGGCCGCCCCGCUCGGACAGGGAGCGGCUUGAGAUUUGUAAGUCCAUGGAGGCACACGCUCAAUUCUGCUAUCCUGGGGACCAUACACUGGAGGCUACUGCUCGCGCAAUCGCAGAGCUCGGCCGGCAGACGGCAGACGAACGCUUUCUGCUGGUCGUAAGCGAUGCGGACCUGCAGAGGCCAAGUCCUCUUGAAAUUCGUUGGGACGCACAUCGCCAGGUAACCUAA